AUGGGCUCGGGAGAAAAUUUGGACGACACAGAGGUGGCUAUUGGCACUGAGCCAGGGGCCAUCGCCAUCAAUGCUGUGAGCGAGGACGAACCGGCGUAUGGCUGGGUGGUCUGCAUGUCGAUGCACUGCAUCAAUGGCUUUACGUGGGGGAUCAUAGCGUCCUACGGCAUUUACCUCUCAUACUACAUCAGUAACAACACGUUCGAGGGAGCCAGUGAUCUGGGCUUUACAUUUGUUGGAGGUGCGAACUUUGCGACCGCCAUGGCUUGUACCCCUCUAGUCAAUUUGUGUAUUCGAAAAUUCGGAACCAAUAUCCCCAUGUAUUUUGGGGCUGUCUGUUUUGCCGGCGGUUUCAUUGCGGCUUCGUUUGCCACCGAGUUCUGGCACUUGGUUCUCAGCCAGGGCAUCAUGGUCGGGAUUGGGACUGGGUUUAUCUGGAUGCCCGCGACACCGUUACUGCCUCAGUGGUUCAGAAGAAACCGAAGUUUGGCCCAGGGCAUCUCUGCAGGUGGUUCUGGGGUCGGCGGCAUCAUUUGGUCCUUCUCCACAGUGCCAAUGAUCGAUAACUUGGGCCUGGGUUGGGCGCUCCGUAUCACGGGCAUGUGCGCUUUGGUGGUUCUGUUGACGGCCUCGUAUCUUGUACGAGAUCGCAAUGAGAUAAUUCGUCCCCGGAUUAAGCCCUUGGAUGUCCAGCUGUUGAAGCGGCGGCAGGUCUGGAUGUUGAUGGGAUUCACUGCGUUCUCCAUGCUCGGCUACAUCGUACUGACCUUCACAUUAUCUUCGUUCGCUCUGUCACUUGGACUUAGUCAAGAUCAAGCUGGGGUCAUUACGGGCAUGUUGAAUCUGGGCACCCUUCUCGGGAGGCCUUUCAUCGGCGUCCUGAGUGAUCAUUUUGGUCGGUUGACGAUCGCCAGCCUUUUUACCUUUCUCAAUGCAGUCUUCACCUUUGCCAUCUGGAUCCCAACCAACUCAUAUGGGCUGUUGAUCUUUUUGGCUAUCAUUGUCGGGCCGACAGCGGGUGUAUUUUGGGCGACAAUCACGCCGAUUUCUGCCGAGGUUGUCGAUCUGAAGGACCUGCCGUCGACUCUCGCAAUCAUGUGGUUGACUGUCAUGUUGCCAGCUUUAUUCUCGACAGCAAUUGGUCUGGAACUCCGCAUGCCAGAGUCAUCGCGACCUUACCUUGCGCCACAGAUAUAUGCGGGACUGGCCUAUAUCAUUGCGACGCUUUUCCUACUCGAAGUCAAGCGACACAAAAUGGGGCUUUGGGCACGCGAGAGACAUCGAUGAUGAAUGAGAAAAUGAUAGGGCUAGGCUUGUAAGUUAUGCGCAGAUUGGUAAGGGUUAGCAACUUGUCCCAUGGGUGUAUACCAUACCUAUGUACUGCACGGUCAGCACAUGGAGCGAGAGACGUGCCAUGGCUUGCAGCCUCGGCUGUUCAGUUUAUAGACUG